ACUUCUUUUGUUUGCUUCACCCCCAAACACUACUUUCCAAUCUACACACUACACACUCUCUCACACACUUUACCAUGAAACUUUCCACCACCACAACCACCAUUCUCCUCCUCCUCCUCCUCUACACCACCACAACCACCACCCUAUCACCACCCUCCACCACCCUUGACCCAAAACAACUUAGAGCCCUCCAAUCUUUAUACAUUCCCACCACCCAUGACCCUUGCACCCAACCCCCCCACAACGCCACCACCUGCGACAGCGCCACCCCCUUCCGCCACCUCCUCUCCCUCCGCCUCACCAACUGCUCCGACGACCUCUCUCUCUCCACCACCGCCCUCUCCUCCCUCUCCACCCUCACCUCCCUCACCUUUCUUGACUGCCACACCCCCAUUGUCCACUUCCCCACCUCCCUCACCACCAAUCUCCGAUCUUUCACCUCCAUCAACUCCCUCCAACACCUCACCGGAGUCUUCCUCAGCCGCUUCUCCAACCUCACCGACCUCACCAUCUCCGGCGACACCAUCAAAUCCUCCGGCAUCCGCAUUAUAACCUCCAAUAUGAAAUCUUUAACCACUCUAACCCUUUCCAACACUAACCUCACUAGUUUCAUCCCCAAACAUUGGAAUCCAAAGCUUACCCACAUGGAUUUUUCCAACAAUAAGCUCAAUGGAACCAUACCCACUUCACUAACUCUGUUAGAAACCUUAAAGUUCCUUAAUUUAUCAUCAAAUCAGUUAACCGGAGAAAUACCCACUUCAUUUGGUGACUUGAUCUCUCUCCAAAACCUAUCUUUAUCUUCAAAUUCUUUAUCCGGGUCAAUACCCGGAUCCAUUUCCACCAUUCCAAGAUUGACCCAUUUGGAUCUGAGUUCAAAUCAGUUCAAUGGGACCAUCCCCAGAUCCAUAUCUGAAAUCAAGAGUUUGAAGUACUUAAACCUUGCACAUAACAGUUUUCAUGGAGUUAUGCCUUUUAAUGCAUCAUUUAUUACUAAGCUAGAUGUGUUCAAGAUUAGUGGGAAUGAUAAUUUGUGUUAUAAUCAUUCAACUAUUUCAAAAACUGUUUCAAAAAAAUUGAAACUUGGGAUUGCUGCUUGUGAUAAACAUGGGCUGCCUAUCUUGCCACCACCCGCAGCCGAAGAACCGGAGUCUUCGGUUGAUGAUAUGAGCAGUGGUGACUAUGAUGAUGAUGAUGAUGGUGGGAAUGUGAAGAAGAAGAAUGGUGAUCAUGAUAAUGGGCCAAAUAAGGUUGUGCUUGGUGUGGCUAUAGGGCUUUCUGCUGUGGUGUUUUUGAUUAUUUUCUUGGUUAUAUUGUCUAAAUGUGGUGGGAGAUGUUGUUGUUGCUGUUAGAUUAGUUGUUAGUUAUUGGUUAGUAGAUUGGAGAUUCAAGAUUCAAGAUUGAUAUUUGUUUUAUUCAUUUGGUGAAGAUGAUGAUGAAAUGCAUGAUAAUAUGAUAUGAUACGAUAUGAUAUAACACGGAAAUGUUGUUAUUA